CUUACAUGCUCGCUGAACCAAAGUAGACGCGCUUCAGUUACAGGCAGCCGUAGACACGUUUUAUCACCACAAUAGGGAUGCUUUGUGAAAGCAGGUUGUGGCAUAUGACUUUUUGCUCUGACUCUGAGUGUGUGGAUCCUCCCACUUGCCACUCAGUCACUGCUGCUAGAACUCCUUCACUGACCACCAAUCUAUCAACAAAAAUUCAAGUUCCUGUCCAAGGAAACACUUUUCAAGAGCUACAUAUCCAACAUGGUGACUCUCAACCCUUUUUGGUAGCACCCCCAGAUUGCCGACAACUGUCACCUGGUGUGGGCAUCCCUGGCCGGGCACCUUCUCCAGGAACAGAGGCUUUCCUUGUGCCCUCAAGUUGUCAAAGCAUCUGCCAACACUACAAUGAUCUGUACAUUGCUGGAGGCCAGGUGCUGCCUCUUAGUCCUGGUGCAGGUAAUCCAGAAGGCAGUUCCACUCAGGACCAACAUCCUGGGCCCUUCCUGCUUUCCAGAGAUGUUCCUCCCCCCUCCCUUCUUCCUCCCCUGCUUCCUGAAUUCAGCAGUUCCAGACGCUGGAGAGAGGGCAGUUCGCGUGAACGUCUCUCUCUGUUGCAGGAUGGUCGUCCCCUUUCUAACGCAGAGCUUAAUGGUUACCUGGAACAGAAGUUGCUGGAGCUGUACACAGAGUACCUGACUGAGAGCCCUAUCAUAGCGUCUGAGCUGGAGCAGAUCACGAUACAGCUGAGUCGAGAACACAAGCUAGAGACGGGGCAGGUUAAAGACAUGCUUCUCAGCUGCCUGCUGAAAGCCACCAGCACCCAGCAGUCCAGUCAAUUCAGUACACCACUGCUGCAGAUCUCCACCCAGACAAAGUGAAAAUAACGAAGAGAAGAAAAGCAGGAGAGAAAGAGAGGGUGCAAGGCAGUGAUGGAAAGUUAUAAAGCUGGAAGAAAAAAAAGUAUGUGUCAAUUCUAGUUGUCCAUUUAUAAUGUAUAUUAUAGAAAAACAGAAAGUGUGGGAUUUAGUAUAUUUUAGUGGCAGCUGUUGUGUUUAUUUGUGAUUUUAAGAACAAAAAAAGUAAAGGAAAUGAAAAAAAAAUCCUCAAAACAUCAAUUGUACACUUUGUGUGAUAGAUGAACAUAUUUACGUUUUGAGACAGAAAGGAAAUGUAAGAAUACACAUCAGAAAUGUCAAUCAUAUAUGUAUAUGAAGGAAGGGAUCCCUCACAUCUCUGACAAGCAUAAACUGUUUACUAAAGAAGGAUGAAUAAACUUUGCUGACAAUUUCAUGCAUUUUUAAAAAUGCUAUAUGCCACCUCUAUCUUUUUUCACUUCACUUAUUACUCUGUGUAUUAAAAUGCUAUUUACAUCCACCUAGUUUGUCUCUAAUCAUUUUGCACAAUGCAUUACUUGUUUAAAACUAAAACCCAACACAGAUUUCAUCUACUCUCCUCGGUUGAUGUAGAGGAAAAUCAGACCCAUCACUCUCUCCACCAGCUAAU